CCACUGAAAAAAAAGUCAACUUUAAAUCCCAUAACCCUCUCAAACACAAAUCAACAAUGUCGUCGACAUCACAAAAACACAAGGACUUCGUGGCAGAGCCCAUGGGGGAGAAGUCUGUGAUGGCGCUAGCAGGAAUCGGUGAAGUACUUGGAAAAAGAUUGGAAGAGAAGGGCUUUGACAAGGCGUAUGUUGUUUUAGGACAGUUCCUGGUCCUGAGGAAGGAUGAGGAGUUGUUUCGGGAAUGGUUGAAGGAUGUAUGUGGAGCCAACACCAAACAGCAAGGCGACUGUUAUAGUUGUCUGAGAGAGUGGUGUGACUCUUUCCUGUAACUGACUCUUCUUUUCUUUUUUUGUUGUUGUUCAUUAUUCCCCCACCCCUGCUGACUUGUAUGCGGAAUACAUUUACCUCACUUUGUCAAUUCGACUUUUCGGACAUCAUUUUUGGAUGUAUUGAUAUUAAUUCUUAGUACAUUAUCACACUAUAAGGUCUUUAGAUAGGUGCACCUGUAAUAUCACUGCUUGUUUUGUGUGUUGUUCGAACAUCAUUCACAUCAGAUGUUUAGUUUAGGGUUAUAUUACACAAAAUAUCCAAAAAUCCUUUCCGUUCCAGGCUAUACAUGCAUCAGUAGUCCAAAUACAACAACACCGAUAGUUGUGCAAGUCCCACCCCCUUCUGUUUAUGACGUUUGAAGGUUUUAACUGUCCAAAAUGUGCCACGGUGCGUAUAAGCUUUUAAAGGUUUAUGUGAACUUGUAUCUGUUUUCUGACAUGUUACCCAAAGGAUCAGAUGCAUAAUGGUAUCAUUUUGCCAUAUGGUUUUAUGCUCUCCAACCCUUAAAUUGCCUUAAUAAAAGUCUGGAUUUGUUUUAACUGUGCAUGUGUACCUGAAGAUGCGUGGGCUGAUUCAUUCUGUGCAGCCACCCAAUUCACAUCUUUGGUGACGUUUGCUGCUUUCAGAUGUUUAAAAUGCCACACAAGUGGUCAAAGAAACACCAGUAAAAUGUUCUUCUGACACUCGGAUCAUUGUUGAACCUUUUUGUGUUCUGCAUUUCAAUUAUUUUUGGAAUAAAAUAUGCUAAAAUUAA